AUGGGUCGAAAGGUAGAGCUGAACGUGGGUGCGACUUCUUCCUGCGCGUGCUCCUCGACCAUCGAUACUACCGCACUGCAGAUACUGCAGGAGUCACUGCGUCAUCAAGCGCCUUCAAACGUGGGAGCCGACGUGGCCGCGGUGCUGUCAUAUGUAUCUGGCCAGGUGGAGUCGGAGUAUGCCAAAAUUGCCAAUGAUGAAAUCAUCAUCGGAGAGGAUGAUGGAAGCUGGUUGGCGAGACUAGAGAAGAUAGGUGAGGCGGUGGUGCUAACUGCAGUGGACGAGAUCCCCGUCGUUGGCGGAGUACUGUCGAACCUUCUCAGUUUGAUCUGGCCUUCCUCCUCCGACGAGUACGACAUCUGGGCACUCAUCAUCGGCGAGGUCAAGGAGUUGGUAGACGUGGCGAUCCUGGAGUUCGAGCUAUCGGAGCGGGAGGGCGAUUUCUUGGGCUUGAGACGGGAUCUGACCCGCUACACAAGGGCCAACACGGUUGCCGAGAAGGGCAACGACCUCACCGUAGCAUUGGCCAAGGUCGAAGAUCUGAUUGCCCACCUCACGAUCUCAACGAACAAGUACCAGCUGCUCCCCCUUACCAUUGUUGCUGCUACCAUCCACUGCUCGAUCCUCAAGGAGAGGAUUACGAAUGGCCAAAGUCUCUAUGGCACUCAAGACCCGAGCUGGGACUAUGCACUGCAAGCUGCUGUGUCCUACUACCAGACCUUCUUCAACUUCACCUACGACCUCUGGAAAGACUGGAGGAAGACCAAAAUCGAGUCGUCCACAGAACAGACUGGAACCCGACGCCGGAGGUGCUGCAGUGGCUGUGACAUGACUGUGACGGAUGAGCUGACCAACAUUAAGUAUGAACUUCAUUGGAGCAACGACGACGACAUCUGUGACACGAUUGCAGAGAUGACAGCGUCCCGAGUCUUGAAUGAGGCAUGCGGCUACAUGGCGAAGGCGCUGCAGCCCAAUAUGUACCUGCAGCGGUACAUUCCGGGGAUGGAGUCUGCCAAAGUUCAGGUCCUGCCUGCUGUGGAGCAGGUUACCGUGGGGCCAUACGCGGCAGUGACCCAAGACACUGAGGAUGGUACCGAACUGAAGUACAACAAAGACGGAAUGUGGUAUGCCAACGAAGACGGAGAGAUCGGUGAUAUCACCACGACAAGUGUUUGGGCCUACAACGUGAUUGAUUCCUUUCGCCUGCAGUUCUCAGACGGAGGAGAGCAGCGAGGUGGCUCCUCCACGGGCGGGACGGAGAAUUCCUACGACCUGGCCGAGAAAUACAUCACCGCCGUAACGAUGUACUUCCGGGACCCCAGCUCCUUCUAUCCAUCGGGGGAGGUGGUGAAGAUGUCACUGAGCUUUUCUGACGGGACCUCCACGGGGAUACUAGGUGGCUACUCCCCCACCAUCGUCGCCAAUCCGGUUGGGAUGACGGCCACUGUUACGGAUGAUGCCUCGUAUAAGAUGGUGGGCGCCACGCUGGGGUCCAGUAAGGAUGGCUACUUCGGCUAUCUGCAAGCAACCUUCCAGUUUGUGGAGCUGGAUCUCUGGCAAGCGGUGGCACCUGCAGUCUCUAGCAAUCUUACCACGGGAGACAAGCUGGAGAAGAACCAAGCGCUACAGAGUCCCAAUGGCCAGUACAAGCUGCUGGUGGAAGAAACAGGAAAUGUUGCCAUCUAUAACAUCUACGACCGGAAGACGUGGGAAACGGACACCGGCGGCCAGUGCACAGAUGACACACCUUUCCUAACGCUCCAGGAAGAUGGAAAUUUAGUGCUGUACUGUGGCACCACGCAGGCUCUAUGGGCGACGGACACGGAUGAUGCAUCUCGCCAGCACUGCCGGGUGGCAGCAUUGGAAGUCACAGGCCACUUCUCUCUGUACAACGUGCCAGAUCUGACUGGAGUCUGGUCCAGCUCGGGCACGAUUCCUGUUGGCUUCGGAAGGAGCAAUCUGACCAGCCCACAUGUGCUUUUUCCUGGCAUGCGUCUGGUGCAAAAGACCUUCUACGACUUCACCCUGUCCCUGUCUGAGGGCGGCAACGUCACCUUGAAAGAUUGGUCGCGUGGGCAGGAUCUUUGGUCUACCGGGACAUCCUGUGAUGCGGCGCCGAAGGAGAUUGAGUUCAAGAUGCAGGAGGAUGGGAAUCUUGUCCUCUAUUGCAAUGGGGAUGUUGCCUUCGACACCAACACAGCUGACGCUUCGUUGGAGGACGAAGCAGGAGUGAACACUCUUCUGCUGGAAGCGAGUGGCAACCUCAAGAUCAUCAACAAGAGGGGUGAGUCUACCUGGGCUUCUGGAACCCAGGUGGCUUACGACUACUUCCCCAAAAGCACCUGA